CACCAAAGAACAGUCCAUGAAGGUCGACAAGAUUUUGUUUGUGACAAAUGUCAGAAGAAAUUUGCAGAACGAGGCAAUUUGUCCAAACACCAAAUGACGGUACAUGAUAAUCGCAAAGAUUUUGCAUGCGACAAGUGCGAGAAAAAAUUUGAACGAAGAUCAAAUUGGCUUCUCCAUCAAAAAACAGUCCACGGAGAUCAGAAAAAUUACACGUGCAAUAAUUGCGAGAAGAUGUUUAGACAUCGAAACGAUUUGACCAGACACCAAAAGUUAGUUCACGAAGAAACCGAUUACAAACAAGUUGCAACGAGCUGAAAAAAGUGAAGACUUUAAGUUAUAACAAUAAUUGCCAAAUAACAAAUACCUGUUAAUCAAGUCUCAAACUUACUAAAAAUGUGAUGAUGGCAAAUACUAGUGGUAUACUCUAGGAUAUAUCGACCCUUUUAGUAUUUUGGAUCAUGAUCAGAGAUGUUUUAUCGGAGCCAUUUUUUUACAUUAUUAUCGUAUAUCCUUCUAUUAUAGUUUACUUU